CUUCAUAACACAACACAAUAAUACCAAAAAAGGUCCAUUGAUCAUGACCUGUCUUGUUUUUUCCCUUUUCCUUGUUGCUCUUCCAUCGAACCACAGCUUCUUUCCUCCAGUAUCUCCUUUGCCCUAAAAACAAAAUUUCACCUUCUACAUAAAGGUCGCUCUUUGGAACACUCUCAAGUCUCAUCCACCUUUCCCUCCCUCUUUCCCUCUUCUUUUGUCCGAUUCAUGGCAAGAUUAAGAUGCUACUGAACACAUGCAAAAAUCUGUGAGAAAAAAAUCGUUUCGCCCAUCUCGUUUUGAUGAGCUUUGGAUAGGAUUUGCAGACACUAUUGGGGUGGGUUUGAUGCAAUGGCUGACAAAAGCUUUGGUUCUGCAGCCUCAAACCUUCUCUGUACAGAUGAUUCAUCCGAGCUUUUGACUGGUCCGCCAUUGCAGAGUGAAGAGAGUUUCUAUCUGAUGAUUGAGAGUGAGAAACAUCAUUUGCCCCGAGAUGAUUAUCUCAAGAGAUUGAGAACUGGGGGGCCGGAUUUGGGUAUGAGAAGACAGGCUGUUGACUGGAUUUGGAAGGUUCAUGCCCAUUUCAGUUUCAGACCAUUGAGUUUUUGCCUGUCUAUGAACUAUUUGGAUCGGUUCCUAUCGGCUUUCGAACUCCCUAGAGGUCAAGCUUGGCCAGUACAAUUGUUAGCCGUGGCCUGUUUAUCUCUGGGAAUCAAAAUGGAGGAGACCACAGUGCCUCUUUCUGUAGAUUUACAGGUGGGUGAACCCCAGUUUGUAUUUGAAGGUAAAACCAUACAAAGGAUGGAGCUUCUGGUGUUGAGCACUUUGAACUGGAAAAUGCAGUGUCACACCCCAUUUUCUUUCCUAGACUACUUUCUCAGAAAGAUCAAUGGCGAUUUUAUGUCAAGUUCUCUGGCCUCUAGAUCGGCUCAACUCAUAUUAAGCACGGCAAAAGCUAGUGCAGGUAUCGACUUCUUGGAGUUCAGGCCAUCUGAGAUUGCUGCAGCAGUGGCCAUAUCAGUUUCGAACCAUGCACAAGCAGUGGCCAUUCACAAGGCAAUGCCCUGUUUCCUAUAUGUAGAGAAGGGAAAAGCGCUCAAGUGCGCUGAGUUGAUCCAAGACAUGGCGUUGAUGAGCGGGUUGCCUACUGCCAAUGCGCCGGCUUCUUCCUCGGUUGCUCCAUUGAUUUCCCACAGCCCGGUGCGGGUGUUGGAUUCUGCUGCGUGCUUGAGCUAUAAAACUGAUGAUCUAGCAACGGUUAAUGGUUCGUAUGCAGAUUCUUCUUCUGAUCAAAGCCGACAAUGAGAGAGGAGAAGGCCCGGAGAAACCAUUCCAUGAGGAUGCUAGGUUGAAUGAAAGUUAUGGCUAUAUAUAUAUAUAUACACACAUAUAUCGGUUAGGUUCUGAAGUUGCCAUCUCUGAGACUGUUGUUAAUCAUGGCGACAGCCAGAGAGGUAGAAGGCGAGGAAGAUGGAAUGGGCUUGUUGUGUUAAAGGCCAAAAUAGUUAUCGUUUUGUAGCUGCAAAUCUUCAUUGCAAAAUGGAAAUGGAAGGAGAUUGAAGUAGAGAAGAAACAUUUUCUUGAAGAAAAUGAACAUGAGAAGCAAUGACAUCCUCCAC